AAUUAUUUAAAAAAAAAACAAAAAUAGCGGAAAAAGACUAGAGAGAUAAACUGGAUUUUUUUAGAGAGAGAAAGAGAGAUUCGAUCAGUCCAUCGUUCGUUGACGAUCGAUGCCGAAGAUGAAGCAUCUUCUCCGUAAGCUCCACAUCGGAGGAAGUAGCAGUAACGGAUUCGGAGACCAUCAUCACAGGCUAGACGAAUCGACUCGACCGAUGAUCGAUCCCACCUCUAUUCGUAGCUCUAGCCCUAGCCCAGCUUCCACUCCCUCCGUCUCUUCGUCAUCAGGUUUCGGUAACGCCGCCGCGACAUUGCCGAGGCUGGAACCGUUUGAGCCUGCGGGGCGUGAUCUGGCGGCGGCUGUGGACGGUAUCGAUUUUAGUUUGAUGGAGGAGGAGUAUCAAGUCCAGCUAGCUAUGGCGAUCAGCGUUUCUGAUCCCGAUCCGAGAGAGAAUGCAGAUACGGCUCAGCUUGAUGCAGCUAAGCGGAUUAGCCUUGGCGUUAAGGCUCCGGUCACUAACGCUGACUCCACCGUUGACUUUUUGUCGCUUCGCUAUUGGGGACAUAAGGUUAUUAACUAUGACCAGAAAGUCAGGGAUGGUUUUUACGAUGUGUAUGGGGUUACAUCCAAUUCUCUUUCACAAGGGAAGAUGCCACUUCUCGUGGAUCUUCAAGGCAUCUCUGUUUCAGACAAUGUUGAUUAUGAGGUGGUUUUGGUGAACCGGUUGCUUGAUCCUGAACUUCAAGAGCUAGAGAGGAGAGCAUUUGCUUUGUCUUUGGAAUGUCCAGACUUUGCUCGUGGUCAGGUGUCAAGUGAUUUGACUCAGAAGAUUGCAAAUAUUGUUGUAGAGCAGAUGGGUGGCCCAGUUGAGAAUGCGGAUGAGGCAUUGAGAAGGUGGAUGCAUCGAAGCUAUGAACUCAGGAAUUCUUUGAACACCACUGUUAUUCCACUUGGACGAGUUAAUUUUGGUCUUGCACGUCACAGGGCUUUGCUAUUCAAGGUGCUUGCUGAUAGGAUUGAUCUCCCGUGCAUGCUGGUAAAAGGCAGCUAUUACACUGGAACUGACGAUGGGGCUGUGAACUUGAUUAAACUAGACAACAAAAGUGAAUACAUUAUUGAUUUAAUGGGUGCUCCGGGUGCUCUGAUUCCUUCGGAAGUUCCAAGUAGUUUUCUUCCAGUUUCUGGCACUGAUACGAGAGUAUUUCCUGAUGAUCUGGACACGUUGCAACAUUCUUGCCCUGUACCUGAGAAAGAAAUUGAAACGCCAGCAUUUUCAGUUUUGGAGGAAACAGAUUCCAGAUAUUCUGGUAUUGUGGCAAACUUGUUUAAUGGAAGCCAUGAAGAAAACAGAGACAGAUGUGCUGUUGAAAAGCAUCAGACUGAGAGGUUUGAGCAUGAUUUUGGAAAGCUAAUGCAAUCACAGCAGAUAUCUGGUGAAAACUUGCCGCCGUUUUCUGGGAAACCGACUUGUGCACAGAAAGUAAAAGUCAAGAAUGUCUCAAAGUAUGUCAUAAGUGCAGCAAAGAACCCUGAGUUUGCGCAGAAAUUACAUGCUGUCUUGUUAGAAAGUGGUGCAUCACCUCCCCCAGAUUUGUUUAUGGAUGUUAAUCCACAGAACUUGAGGGAGAAGAGUUUUCUUCAAGACUUCUGGCAAGAAAGUAGCAAUGCUAUGAAUUCUGCUGUUCCACGCAACCCAGAAAAGGUCGGAGAUCAGUUAGCUGAACAAAUGAGAGAAUCUGAAAGGAACCCCACAGCACUGCAACUGUCAGCUGUUUGUACUUCAGGGGAGGUCGAUUUUUCAAUGAAGAAAAACUUUGAUGUGGAUAAUAUGGGUAAAGUUUCUUCACCGGAAAAGAUGGAGAUCGGCACUGCUGAUGGCGAGCCUUCUGUUUCUGACAGUCAUGAACAAGGAAUUAAUCCAUUUCUUGGCGAGGCUGCAAAAUGGGAAAUUAUGUGGGAAGAUCUUCAGAUUGGCGAGCGGAUUGGUGUUGGUUCAUAUGGAGAAGUUUACCGUGCAGAGUGGAAUGGAACUGAAGUGGCUGUUAAGAAGUUUCUGGACCAAGAUUUCUCUGGUGAUGCAUUGACACAGUUCAGAUCUGAAAUUGAAAUAAUGUUGAGGUUGCGGCAUCCAAAUGUUGUUCUUUUCAUGGGAGCAGUUACUCGGCCGCCAAAUUUUUCCAUUUUGACAGAGUUUCUACCCAGAGGGAGUUUGUAUAGAUUACUCCAUCGACCAAAUCAUCAGCUUGAUGAGAAGAGACGAAUGCGGAUGGCACUUGAUGUGGCAAAGGGGAUGAACUACUUGCACACCAGCCACCCAACUGUAGUACAUAGGGAUUUGAAAUCUCCAAACCUUCUUGUUGAUAAAAAUUGGGUCGUGAAGGUUUGUGAUUUUGGAUUGUCACGCAUGAAACAUCACACGUAUUUGUCCUCAAAAUCAACUGCAGGAACGCCCGAGUGGAUGGCUCCAGAAGUGUUGAGGAAUGAACCAGCUAAUGAAAAAUGUGACGUGUACAGCUUUGGUGUUAUAUUGUGGGAGCUAGCUACAUCACGCAUACCCUGGAAAGGUUUAAACCCGAUGCAAGUCGUUGGAGCUGUGGGAUUCCAAAAUCGUCGCCUUGAAAUCACAGAUGAUAUUGAUCCAACCGUUGCACAGAUAAUCCGUGAUUGUUGGCAAACGGAACCGCAUUUACGGCCAUCGUUUACGCAACUGAUGCGAAGUCUGAAGCGGCUACAGGGUCUAAACAAAAGCAAGAGAGGGAACACAAGUGAAAGUUUGAUGUAAAGAUAUUUUUAGACAGAAGCUGGUUACAUCACCUGGUCUGGUUCAAAGAGCCAAAUGGGUGGAGGAGUGCCAUUUUUUUUUUCCUUUUGCUUUUGCUCUUUUACGGUCAGAUGAUGAAAGAUUGUGGGGUUUAGGGAAAAGCUUGUGGAGUUCAAUCGAAGUGGGAGCUCAACAACAAACAAACAAACAAACAAAUCCCUAUUACAACCCCAUUUGUAACUAGUACUAUUAUUAUUGUUGUUGUUACUUGUAACAACAAAAAUUAGGAGAAUGAACAGAAGAAAAAAAGGAAGAAAAGAAUACAAGUAAGCCUA